GUGGUGGUGUAACUGGUGGCGGUAGUGUUGCUUUUGCUGGUGCCAGUGUUAGUCAAGGAAGGUGGAGGAAGAAAGACAACAGCCGCAGUCAUGUUCUUGACAGCAGCAUGGAAUUUAUGAGCUGACUGGAAUGAGGCAUCGCGGACUGUAAUUUCCUGCACAUUCCGAAACGAAGUUACCCCUCUCUUGUGGACGAGGAGCGAUUAUUUUAUAAGACUGGCAGUUUGUGACACACUUAUAUAUGCACGAAUUUUUACCGUGCCUUUUGGGCCUGAAUGUUGUACCGAGCUGCGCCUCUGUGGUGUCCGGCUGUGUACGAGAACGCCUGGAACAGUGAAAGGAGAAGGUGUCUGACAUCCUGGGAAUAAAAGUCUGUCAACAUGGGUGACUCCGACAGUCAGUUUUACAGCGUGCAGGUUGGAGACUCAACAUUCACAGUGUUGAAGCGUUACCAGCAGUUGCGAACAAUUGGUUCUGGAGCGCAAGGUAUAGUGUGCUCUGCCCUUGACACAGUUCUUGGUUUGCAUGUUGCUGUUAAAAAGUUGAGUCGUCCUUUUCAAAAUCAGACGCAUGCCAAGCGGGCUUACAGAGAACUUGUUCUCCUUAAGUGUGUUGAUCAUAAAAAUAUUAUUAGCCUAUUAAAUGUUUUCACACCACAGAAGUCUCUUGAGGAGUUUCAAGAUUUGUACUUAGUUAUGGAAUUAAUGGAUGCCAGUUUGUGUCAAGUUAUUCAUAUGGAUUUAGACCAUGAGAGAAUGUCUUAUCUUCUUUACCAAAUUUUAUGUGGUAUCAGACAUCUUCAUUCUGCCGGCAUCAUCCACAGAGAUUUGAAACCCAGCAACAUAGUUGUCAAGUCAGAUUGCACUUUGAAAAUCCUUGAUUUUGGCCUUGCAAGAACAGCAUGCACAAAUUUUAUGAUGACCCCUUACGUAGUAACUCGAUAUUACAGAGCACCAGAGGUUAUUCUGGGAAUGAAAUACAAAGAAAAUGUUGAUAUCUGGUCAGUGGGUUGCAUCAUGGGAGAAAUGGUUAAAGGCAGUGUGAUUUUUCAAGGCACUGAUCAUAUUGAUCAAUGGAACAAAGUUAUUGAAGUGCUUGGAACACCAUCAUUAGAAUUUAUGAACAGGCUGAUGGAGACAGUUCGGAACUAUGUGAUGAACAAACCACACUAUCCAGGAGUCAAUUUUGAGGAGCUCUUCCCUGAUUGGGUCUUUCCUUCAGAUACUGAGCAUGACAAAUUAAAAACAAGUCAAGCAAGGGAUCUACUAUCAAAAAUGCUUGUGAUAGAUCCUGAAAGGAGGAUUUCUGUUGAAGAAGCUUUAAAUCACCCCUACAUUCAUGUCUGGUAUGAUCCAACAGAAGCCGAUGCACCACCACCACAAAUUUCUGACAAGCAGUUGGAGGAGAGAGAACACACCAUAGAACAAUGGAAAGAACUAAUUUACAAAGAAGUCAUGGAAUGGAAAGAGAGAAGCAAAAAUGGAGUUGCAAAAGAAGAGUCUUCAGAUGCAGCAGUCAACAGCAGCACCACUGCCUCUCAGUCUUCCUCCAUCAAUGACAUAUCCUCGAUGUCAACAGAACAGACUCUUGCUUCAGACACAGACAGCAGCAGCAUCGAUGCUUUGACUGGGACUCUCGAGGACUGCCAAUGAUUUUCCAACAAACCAAAGACCAUUCAAAAUUUGCAAGUUGCUAUAAAAAUAGCAAAGAUUUGAAAGUCCUAGCUUUUAAACUGCUAAGCCUGGUUUGCUUGUCCAUGUAGUAUGUGGAAACCAAGCUAUGUUUUAUUUUCUGCCAUAUGUACUAUUUCACUUUGUUUAAAAAAUGUGAAUGGAACAGCCGUGUUGAUCAUUUGGGCAUGAUGAAACUUUAUUCUGCAGUCAGUGCUGAAUGAAGGUCCUAAAAUGUGUGUAUAUAUAUAUAUAAUUUUUAAUCCUUUUUAUGCAUAGUUUUCUCUCUUUUUUUAACUGUUAUAAACCUCCUCUUAAUUUCCUUGUAUAACAAGGCACCUAGAUGCAUUUUAAAUUAUGUUACAAUCCUGCAUUUAAGGAUCUAAUGAAAGGAGGUUAAAGAAUAAGCCGUGGUUGCCUGAAUGUCAUUUUCUUUGUUUUGUUUUUUAAAGCUUGGUGAGAAGCAUUUGACUUCCACUUUAAAACGAUUAUGUCUGUGUGCAUGUUGUACAAACAGACUGUUUGUACUUAGUUGUAUCAAAAUUGCCUGCCUAUCCUUUUUAGAAAGCUGCCUAUUAUUAAAAGUCAUGUUAUUACUUUUCCAUUUCUCAGAUCUAAUGAUAAGGUGUUCACCUCCGCUUUCAAGUAUUUGCUGCAUAAUGAAUAACAGCUUAUAAACAGAACUGUACACAUCUGUACUCAAUUUCCAAAUCUCUUUAUUUUUAUAUAUUGAUUUAUUUUUGUUUCAGGAGUGGAUCAGAUCAUCUUUUUAGUUUUAAAACUGUCUGUUUUAAUUAGAAUUUUUUUUUCUCUAAACUGCAGGGGUGGACAAAAUAAUAGAAAUACCGCAUGAAAAGUUUUUAAAACUGAAGUAACUAAAUCCCAGUUCCAAAUGUGUCUUUUAUAUUCAUUACCAAUUUGCCGUGUGUCUCAGUUGUAAGAGCAGUCUCACAAUUUGCAGUCACGCUGCAUGAUUCACUGCAGUGAAUGUUCAGGCAUAAUCUUCCUUUACAGUUGCAGGCGCACACCGGUGACUUCCAGUCAUAUAGUGUGACAUUUGAACAACUUGGUCAUAGCACUCGGUGAGGAACCACAGCAAUAUCAAACAGGCUUUCAUAUUGGGUCAAUUCAUAUGUGACAGUUGACAACCAAUAACCAUCCAGAUUUACAAUAUAUACAGUGCCUAUCAAAAGUGUUCACCUCUUUUGGACGUUUUCUUAUUUGAUGACUGUACAAAAUUGAAUCACAGUGGAUUUGAUUUUGCUUUUUUGACUCUGAAAAACAGAAGUCGUCUCUUUAGUGUCAAGUGAAAACUGAAAUCUGCAAAAUUGCAGUCAUGACAGCCUUGUUGACCUCUUUUGUAUGUCACUUUGGAUAAAAGCGUCUGCUAAGCAAAUAAAUGUAAAUAAGUCUGUGUGCUCAGGUCUCCUUCUCUGUCAGUGCCAUUUUCCCCUGUUGUCAGGCUGAUUGGGGAUUGUGAGUGAACAGCCAUUUUCAAGUCCAGCUACAAAAACUCGGUUAGAUUUGAGAUCUGGACUCUCACAUGGCCAUUCCAGGACAUUCACAUUAUUGUUUUGAAGCCAUUCCUGUGUAGCUUUGGCUUUAUGCUUGGGGUUAUUGUCCUGCUGGUAAACAGAUCUACUCCCAAAGUGCAGCUUUCUUGCAGACUGUGCCAGGUUUUCCUGCAGGAUUUCCCUGUAUACCAGGGCAUGCUGCUGUGAAGCAUUUCUACAACAUGUUGCUGUCACCGUCAUUCACAGUGGGGAUGAGGUGUUGUUUGAUAAUUUGGCUUACAUUGUACAUGAUGUUUAAUCAGAUGGCCACAGUGAUCACUUUUGGUCUUGUCAGACCAGAGAACCUUCUUGCAGCUCGGUUCAGAGUCUCCCAUGUGCCUUCUGCUGAGAUGUCCUGUGCCUUUUUUUUUCUCUUUGCCACUUUCCCAUAAAGAUGUGACUGGUAAAGUUCCUUGGCCUUGCACAGUCUUCCCCGGUCUAAGCCCCCAUAAUGCAACUGUUUCAGAGUUCUUUAAGGUCUCUUGCUGGCCUCCGUCACUCAUUGUCAUUUUGCAUAUUUGCUCAGUUUUUGUGGACAGUCUGCUCUAGGCAGAUUUACAGUUGUGCCAUACUCUUUUGAUGUGCCUGGUUAUUCCGAGACAUGUUUGACAAACUUGUGCUUUUCAAUCACCUCUUCACAGAGAUGGAUGGAGUGCUCUUUCAUCUUCAUUGUGUAGGUAAUGCUGUGUUCCAUUUGAACUGGGAAGUUGCAAUUUUCAACUGGAACACCCCACCACAAGUUGGAUUUCCUAUUUGGAAACUCGGGGCCGGUCUAUAACUUCAAAUUAUGACAACGUAGAUUGUAAACUUUAGUGAAAGCUGUAGUAUUAUAUUAUUUAUUAGCACUUAGUGUCUAUUUGUGUCUCAUUAAAUUAGUCAUACACACAUUGCUGUCCAACCUCUAUCUGUGGAUGUGCAAAAUACUGUGUAAUGCGUUGUUCAGUAGUUGUCUGUAUAUUGAAAGAGCAAGCACAAUAAAGGCUUUCCUGGAGAUAUCCAUAUUGUUUUACUGGAACACGGUCAACUCUGGCGUGAUGUCAUUCUCAGCUCCAAGAUCCACAGUAAAUGGAGCACACCAUUUGGCCACCAUACUGACUCUGCACAAGUAGCCCCUUCCACAUACAGGUGCAUUUCCACUGCAACUAAUCGAAAUCCCUGACCAGUGAUCUCCAUUUAACUACUUCUGUGACUUCUGCAACCAACUGGCUGCACUACUGAUGUUUUUGGUGGUCAUCGUAUAUAAGGGGGGUGAAUACUAUCAAUGAUUGUGUGUUUUCUGUUUGUAAUUAAUUUAGAGCACUUUGCAGAGAUCUGUUAUCACUUUUACAUUAAAGUGCCCUUUUCUGUUGAUCGGUGUCCAGAAAGAGAAAUGAAUCCACAUUGAUGCAAUGCUAUACAACAAUAAAAUGUUAAAACUUAGCAGGUGGUGAAUUCUUUUUAUAGGCACGUUAUAAUGCUUACAAAAAGAAAAGAACCAGUGGGUGUUCUGGGUUAUACAGAGAAUAGGCUCAUGAAACUUGAAGUCAGCCAAACUUAGCCUUUAUACCAUUCUGCUACACUUUGAUUGAUCUGUCAGUGGUCUCUUUACAGCACAGUAUGAAAUCUGAUACUGUGUAGAGAAGUUUUGAUUGAUUCAUGUGUGAAUCUAGUCGUGUAAUCUGACAUCCUAAAGACAAUGAGAUCCAUUAAGUGCAAGUAGUAGUUGUGAGAAGUAGUGUUGACGCCAACCUGAUCCCUCCUUUUAAUCCCAGUUUUAGAACAUUUUAAGGGUUUUAGAAAGAGUAUUUUAGGUAAAUAUGUAGGUCUUUUUUAAGGGGGUGGGUUUAUUUAUUAAAUAUUAUAACCUACUUUUAGACUUGUAUAUUGCUUUUUAGAACUCUAUUAUUAAAUCUAUUUAUUGUUUGAAUGUUGGGAUAAUUUUAGGGGCAUUUAUAAUUAUUUUUGGGGGUGGAUUUAAUACUGGAUGCUGGGUUCUUAAUUAAAAAUUAUUUUAUAGGCAGAGUGUGCCAGUGCCCAUUGUCCUCUCGGGGACAAUCAUCCUCGAAUAACCCUAACAGACUUCCAAAGAGGUCAUCAAAAUAAAGGUGCAUUGGUCACAUAAACCGCAAAAGUUAUUCCAUGCGUUAAGGGGAACACCCUCAGAUAUAAUAACAGAAUAUGUCCAAUGCUUACAGUCUAUAUUUAUUGACAGGUAUAAAUGGACACUUCACACAAUUGUUGCCAAACCAGUAGAGGCUUAAACAUUUCUACAACCUUGAAUCAGCAUCUCUGUGACCCUUGACAGAAGUCCAUAUGUCAUGAGCUUCAAGGCCAUUGCAUCAAGGCACACAAUCUAGUGUAAGGCUCAUAAAACCUGGACUCGUGAGCAAGGGCAAACAAUUCUAUAUGAUUCAACGAGUUGCGUUUUACCCAUCUCCUCUACAUACAGUACAGUACAAUAUAUUUUUGUAUAGCCCAAAAACACACAAGAAGUGCCGCAACGGGCUUUAACAGGCCCUGCCUUUUGACAACCCCUCAGCUGAAGACAAGGAAAAACUCCCCCCAAAAAAAAACCUUGUAAGGACAUCUAGACAGGUUUGCAUUUGGAGAAAGCUCAAGAAUGCCUUUAACCCCACAAUGUCUGUUGCCACUUUUUAAACAUGGGUGGCAGAUCUGUAUUGCUAGACAUCCAUAUUGUGGAGUCAUAUGAAAACCAUGAAAUGUUAAAACCAUAUUGCAGGAAUCUUGUUCUCCUCCCUUCCAUAGUUCUACACUGAUUCAAGUAAAGUUCAAGGGACACGAGGAGAAACUUGUGCACCUUCCACAGCCCUUUCCAAUUCACUUAUCUUUGAACCUUUUUGGAAUGUUCUGGUGGGCAGAGUUUAAAAUAAAUUUCCACCUCCUUCAUCCCUCCCAAGAACUGAAGGCCUUUCUUCUUAAAGAACUUGGUCACACACCAUUCAGUUCUUGUAUGACGGCAUUCCAAGAAGGAUUUAAAGUGUUCUGAAAGCAAAAGAUGGCCCUACCCCUUAUGAGGUCUUUGUUGUUAAUGUGUUGUUUCUGUUUUUCUGUCCACCUCUUCUUAACAGAUCAGUUUAUGGAGCAGUGUUUGGCUAUGGUGUCAUAAGUCUGAUCUAAUGUCGGAAUAAUGUAAAGUUUAUCGGCUGUGUCGGGUCUUACUUCUGCACCUUUGUAUAUGUGUGCUUAAAUCAUUCUACCUGUAAUAUUUUCAGGGUGAAUGAUUUAACUAACCAAGAAUUGUGCAAUAAUUAUGCACUUUAAAAGAAAAAAAAAAAGGUAAACUGAAAAAAAAUGGUAAAGCUGUUAUUGUUUUAUGUAAGCUUCAUUGAGCUUUGUUUUUAUCGUUGCAAUUUUAUGUUUUACGUGGAUUACCAAAAAUAAAGCGUUCAGUCUUGUUUGAUUUUUAAAACCUAUUUUUAAAUAUAAAAUUAUACAGAAAGUUCCAAGUGAUGGAAAGAUAAAAUGACUUGCUGUCAGUCCUCUUAGUCUGCAGUGUAUCAGGUACAGAGACAUUACAAUUUGUGCUGGUGCCUUUAGCCUGGGUUUUGAAAAGUCGUACUAGCAAGGGCUCACUUCUCUUUUUAAAGACUUGAUUUAUCUAUCUACGCAAUUAUGAAAUCUGGCAAAAACACUGUUGCAUGAGGCAGUAUUGUACUGUGCUUAGACACAAAGCAAGGGGUGUGUCCGCUUGUGCAUAAACAAACUUUUAAUACUCUCAGCCGUCAUUGCAAAUGCAUUAUGCCUCAGGUCUCGUCCUAUUUUUCCUUUGUUGCUUACCUGACCUAACCAUCAUGUGGUGUUCUGCUCAACGUGUUCAAAUUUUUAAAGAACACUAAAGUUAGGAGACAUUUGUUAUCUGUUAAUAUGUUUCAUUACUUUUUACAUUUGUGUUUUUUUCCUGAAUUGCCAGACUGUAUGAGUUUAAUUAAAGUUUUAACUUUGUUA